CGGCGGCGGCGGCGGCUCUGGAAGAGGCGAAGGAGGCGGCGGAGCUGCUUACCUCUUCUCAGACCCCGGAGCGUCCCGGACGCGGAGCCCGGAACUGGGGGGGACGCGGCGACUGCGGGGACCCGGCGUCGAAUCAUCCUGGAGCGACAUGAAUGUCUGCAAUGAUAUUUCCUGACAAGAAGAUAAUAGAAAGAAAGGAGCUCACCAGUUAGCAGAAUUUCAAAUAACCAGGAUUUUGUACUUAACACCUCCAACUACAGACUUCUCUUGCCUACCUUUAAAUCAGAGAUAACUACAAUCAGAACCCAGACAAGGCAAAAGAAUACUUUUCUUCUAUAUCUUUUGAGAUAAAAGAAACUGCAAUGUCCAGGAAACAAAACCAGAAGGGUGUUCCUGAAUUUGAUCUCCAGCCUCCAAUUAUCAGCCUCCAGGCUUCUCACCCUCUACAGAUUCAUCAGGAUUCAUUUUCGAUUUGCAGUCCAAUACUGUACUGGCCCAGGGAGGAACUUUUGAAAACAUGAAAGAGAAGAUAAAUGCAGUGCGUGCAAUAGUUCCCAAUAGGAGCAACAAUGAAAUCAUCCUGGUUUUGCAGCACUUUGAUAAUUGUGUGGACAAAACAGUACAAGCAUUUAUGGAAGGUAGUGCCAAUGAAGUACUCAAAGAAUGGACAGUAACAGGCAAGAAAAAGAACAAAAAGAAGAAAAGCAAACCAAAACCUGCAAUCGAAGCAAGUAACAGUAUCCUAGAUUCCAGUAAAUUGGUUUCUAUUCAAGAGGAGCAGUCCACGCCUUCUCCAGAAAAAGGUGGUAUUAAUGGUUACCAUGUUAAUGGUGCCAUCAAUGAUACUGAGUCUGUGGAUUCACUCAGUGAAGGUAUGGAGACACUUUCAAUAGAUGCCAGAGAAUUGGAGGAUCCUGAGUCUUCCAUGCCAGAUGUGCUGGACAGAACAGGAUCCGUGCUGGAAAAUGGUGUCUUUGAUUUUGAGUCCAAGUCUUUGACUAUGCACCCUACUCAGAAUUCUCAACAAAAUAGGAAUGCUAUCAAAUCUCUCUCAAGACCUCAGUUUUCAAAUCUGGGCAUGGAAGAUGUUCCACUCUCCUCCACCAACAAAAAGCUAGGUUCCAAUAUUGAAAAAUCUGUGAAAGACCUCCAGCGCUGCACAGUGUCUCUUGCACGAUAUCGAGUUGUAGUUAAAGAAGAGAUGGAUGCUUCCAUUAAGAAAAUGAAACAAGCUUUUGCUGAAUUGCAGAGCUGUUUAAUGGACCGAGAAGUGGCAUUGCUGGCUGAAAUGGACAAAGUGAAAGCUGAAGCAAUGGAAAUUUUGCUCAGCCGACAAAAGAAAGCUGAACUUCUAAAGAAGAUGACUGAUGUGGCCGUUCGAAUGUCAGAAGAGCAGUUGGUUGAGCUCAGAGCUGAUAUCAAGCACUUUGUUAGCGAACGUAAAUAUGACGAGGAUCUGGGAAGAGUAGCCCGGUUCACCUGUGACGUGGAGACCCUAAAGAAGAACAUUGAUUCAUUUGGACAAGUGUCCCAUCCAAAGAACAGCUAUUCAACCCGAUCGCGAUGUAGCUCAGUUACAUCUGUGUCCCUGAGUAGCCUGUGUGAUGCCCCUGCUGCUGCUGCUGCUGCUGCUUCCACCUGUGCCUCUGGUCCCAGCCUUACAAGUACUAACAAGAAAAACUCGGCACCAGGAGAGACUCCUGCAGGCAGAGCAGACUCCAGUGGCCGGUCCUAUCAGCCUCAUCGCCAGGUGUUGCCGGGGAACCGACGAGGAGGACAAGGCUGCAGGCCGCAAGGCCAAAAGUUCAGUGACCCCACGAACCAAGGACAACAUGACAGUAUGGGUCGUUACAGAAAUAGCUCAUGGUAUUCAUCUGGUUCCAGGUAUCAGAGUUCACAACCCCAGGCACCAGGAAAUGCUAGUGAACGGGGCCAGGCGCUCUCUGCAGGGAGCAAUGGAACUGGAGCCAGCAUGGAACCCAGCCCACCUAAGCCCUCAUUCAAAAGGGGCCCACUCCCCCAGCGCAAACCCAGGACCUCUCAUCCUGCAGCUGUGAACUCUUGAGGGAAAUUCCAAUUGGCCUUUCUCCUUUAUCCCACAUAAUUCAACUUGAUAACUGGACUUUAGGAAACUUAUAGUUAGAUUUAAUAACAGAAAGACGUUUUCCCAUAUCAGUUUUUUUACCAUUCUAAAUAUUUCUUUCCUCCUUAUUUUUGGAGGGCAAUCUUUUUUUUCCCUUGACCUUUCCCCGUGAUUUGGAUUCAUUCUGAUUGGUCAUUUCUACCAGGAAUCAUGGGCAAUGAUGGCCAAGUUUCCCAAGGGUAAGCAGUGUUCUUCCCGGGGCACCAGGCCUUUCAGUUGCCCGCAGAAGCCGUCCUCAGCAGCCCCCACGGUUAGGCUCUCAGGAGUGGAUGGGUCGGAGCUAGUCCUACUGCCUUUCCAGUCUAAGAGGAGCCACACAUGCCUGUCAGGUUCCCUCUAAACAACAGUUUAACCAGGAGAGGCACUGAGGGGAUUGUGUACUGCACUGAAUUAGUCAGAGAAGUGGAAAAUUUAAUUGGUGAAAAGGAAAAAAGACUAGGAAAUAUUUAAGAAUCUGCCUCUCACAAAGUGCCUGAGAUUGACACUCAGAUCAGGGUUUCAGUCUCCCGCUUGGCAUGAUAGCUUAACCUGCAGUUUCUUCAAAAUAUCCAAAGUUUUGUUUCCUUAAUUUCCUUAGACUGCAAACGUGUCUAGGGAAGUCCAUGGGAAAAUAGCAUUUAUUUAAAGUUAAAAGAGGGGGAAAAGUAUUUCUUUGCUUUAAUGUUUGAAGAUUUUUGUUGUUAUUAUUCUCAUUCUAAAUCGUAUUCUUAUCCUGAAUCAAAUUUAUAGCUAUGUAAUUAGUGUUAAUCUAAGUGUUACUCAUCAAAAAAUUGCCGCAGUCAAUCUUUAGAGUUGAGUAAAUAAAAACAACUGCAUAAAUGUUCCCACA